AUGUCUCAUCAGCUGACUGCAGAGCAGCAGCGAAAGAUUGAGGAGAACCGGCGGAGGGCUUUGGAGAGACGAGCCCAGAGACUUGCAGAGGCUGGAAGCACCAGUACUUCAGCAGGCUUCAACAGCACUUCAGCUCCGAGGCACGUUCCACCGCCUCAAAAACAACCACAUGGAUCUAGCUGCCAGAAUCAAGGCCCAACACAUCAAAAGUCAUCUAGUAAAGACAACCACGUCAACCAGAGCAGUCUGUGUAACUCUGCUUCUUCAAGACAGAUCCAAGUUAUUGACCCACUUCCUCAGACAAAGACUCAGCAAGUGAGCAGCCCCGUCUUGUUCAGUGUAGGAAAGGCGUUUGGCAAAUCAGCUCAGCCCAAACCUAACCUCGGCUCCAGCAGCUCUGCCGGUGCAUCUGGCUCAUUCUACAAGCAAGCAACAAGCAAACCGGUCCAAAGCUCAGCGGUGCAGCUUCCCUCAAACCCCUCACCUCUGAACGCUCCAGCUGCGAAAAAGCCUGCCAUCUCAGUGAGAGGGAAAUGUGUACCUCACGCAGAGGACCGCUUCAGAAUAGAAGUGGGCUACCAUGCAGAGCUUAUUGCCGUUUUCAAAUCCAUCCCUUCCAAGAGUUAUGACCCUGCCACAAAGAAGUGGGACUUCAGUCUGGAGGACUAUCGACAGCUAAUGGAGCAAGCUGCCUCUAUUGCUUCCGUUUCUUUGAAGCCUCUAGAAGGAAUGGAAGCUUUGGACUUCACUGCAGCCACCUGCCGUCCUCGUGACGGUGCAGCGCUGGGGGCACUGCUGAAGCUGUGCAAUGGCUGGCAGAAACCUGAAGCCGUUCUGCAGGGCCAGUGCAUCCUGGUGACUCCGACAAAGUUCGAGGUUGACGUUGGUUAUCAUAUUGAUGUCGUUGCAGCGUUCAAGCAAAUGCCAACAAAGAACUAUGACAUGAAAACAAGAAAAUGGAGCUUUUCACUUGAGGAUUACAAGAGACUGAUGGAUCUCCUCAGUGGGAUAACAGCAGUGGAGGUGGAGCCUCUGCCCAGGGCACUAAUCCAGGCCUUCUCUGCCAGUUUUGAAGGGACUGACGCCAGAUCUUUAGCCAUCCCUGAGGCAGACCUCUCCAGCAUCGACCCCUCGCUCACACACAGCCUUAUGCCCUUCCAGAGGGAGGGAGUCAAUUUUGCAGUGUUUAAACAAGGCCGUCUCCUGCUGGCCGACGACAUGGGCCUGGGAAAGACCGUGCAGGCCAUUUGCAUCGCAGCUUACUACAGGAACGAGUGGCCCUUGAUGGUGGUGGCUCCCUCCUCUGUACGAUUCACCUGGGCUGAGGCCUUCAGACGUUGGCUCCCUUCCCUGAGUCCUGACAGCAUUAAUGUGGUGGUGAAGGCCAAAGACAACCUGCGCUCUGGUUUGGUCAACAUCAUCAGCUACGACCUGCUGAGCAGGAUGGACAAGCAGCUGCCUGGAAAGCCCUUCAACAUUCUCAUCAUGGAUGAGUCUCAUUUUCUGAAGAACAUAAAGACAGCUCGCUGUAAGGCAGCUAUGGUCAUACUCAAGGCAGCAAAGAGGGUGAUUCUUCUGUCUGGGACUCCUGCCAUGUCCAGGCCCUCGGAGCUCUACACCCAGAUUCUGGCCGUCAGACCUUCACUCUUCCCUCGCUUCCAUGAGUUUGGGGUGCGCUACUGUAAUGCCAAACAGACAAAUUGGGGCUGGGACUAUUCCGGCUCGUCUAAUCUUGGGGAGUUGAAGCUGUUGCUGCAAGAGUGUCUGAUGUUGCGGCGUCUGAAGUCCGAGGUCCUGUCCCAGCUUCCCGCUAAACAGCGCAAAGUUGUCACGGUGACCAUAGACGGGAUUAACGCUCGCUUGAAAGCAGCUCUGUCGGCUGCUGCCAACGAGUUGGCCAAGGGGCAUCGCAAUAAAACGGAGGAGAAGGACGCCCUCCUCGUUUUCUAUAACCACACAGCUGAAGCCAAGUUACAAGCUAUUAUGGAGUACAUCACAGACAUGCUGGAGUGUGGGAGGGAGAAGUUUCUCGUGUUCGCACAUCAUAAGUUAGUCCUGAAUCACAUCACCUCUGAACUUGGGAAAAAGGGCGUCUUCUUCAUUCGUAUCGAUGGGGCCACCCCAUCAGCUGAGCGGCAGCAGCUGUGCGAGACAUUCCAGUUCACGGCCAAAGCCUGUGUGGCUGUACUGUCCAUCACUGCAGCUAACAUGGGUCUGACCCUGCACUCUGCAGACCUGGUGAUCUUUGCUGAGCUGUUCUGGAACCCCGGAAUUCUCAUUCAGGCAGAGGACCGGGUGCACCGUAUUGGACAGACCAGCAAUGUGAACAUUCACUACCUGGUUGCUAAGGGAACUGCUGACGAUCACCUGUGGCCAAUGAUCCAACAAAAAAUGAAUGUCUUGGAGCAAGUGGGUCUUUCUGAGUCGAACCUCUCAGACAAGGCAGUCAGUGCCAGCUUUCACUCGAAGGACCCGAAACAGAGGAGCAUCAUAGAGAUGUUUCAGAGAUCUUUCACUGCAGAUGACGACAUAGACGAAAGCGACCUACUGGAGGCUGCUGAGGUCUGGGACGACACUCCGACUGAGAACAAUUCCGGACAACAUCACAACAUGACUGGACAAACUCGCGUGGUUGAUUAUUUCAGCAGAUAACUGAAUUAUUACUUUCACUUAUCAUGACAGAUGUAAACUUACUUUGUUCUGCCUCUGUUCUAUAAUGUAAAAUAACAGUCUAAUAAACCUAUAUAUAAGAGAAAAUAAGUAAAUGUAACUCAAGACUGCUUUGAUAAUCUUUGGAAAACCUGGCAGCCCACUAGGAUUACUGGGCGUACAUUUGAAAGGUUGUUUUUUUUCUUCUUCUUUUUCUUUUCACACUACUUUUUAUGGAAGUGUCAAGAAAGUAUAAGUUAAGCAGUCCAUUAUUUGAAUUAUGCAAUAAAAUAGUUUAUUUCUC